CGAAAUCUCGUACUAUUUGGUUUUGGAUUUUUGAUCCUCUAUCUCUCGCUCCCUCCUCCCCACCUCUCCCUCUCUCUCUCUCUCUCUCUGGAUGUACAUACAAUUAUAUUUCAAGAAUCAGCAAUGAUCUGAAUCUUGUCCUGGAGUUGAGAAAAAUAAUCGCAGGGUUACAAUUUUUGAGGAAGCGAUAUUCGAUUAAAGAAUUGUGGAUCUGAUAGGAGGGGAUUAGGGCAAGAUGAGCGCGGAUCUGAUUGCUGCAAGAACGCUCGGGAAUCUGGACGAGCAGAUUGCCCAGCUAAUGCAAUGCAAGCCUUUGUCCGAGCCCGAGGUUAGAUCCUUAUGUGAGAAGGCUAAGGAGGUACUAAUGCAGGAAAGUAAUGUUCAGCCUGUGAAAAGCCCUGUCACAAUUUGUGGUGAUAUACACGGCCAGUUCCAUGAUCUUGCUGAACUUUUUCGCAUUGGAGGGAAGUGUCCAGACACAAACUAUCUAUUUAUGGGAGAUUAUGUUGAUCGAGGAUACUAUUCAGUUGAAACUGUUACUCUUUUGGUGUCUCUGAAAGUGCGGUAUCCUCAACGAAUCACAAUUCUCAGAGGAAAUCAUGAAAGUAGACAGAUCACACAAGUCUAUGGGUUUUAUGAUGAAUGUUUGAGGAAGUACGGAAACGCCAAUGUUUGGAAGAUAUUCACUGAUCUGUUCGAUUAUUUCCCACUGACAGCACUGGUUGAAUCGGAAAUCUUUUGUCUGCAUGGCGGAUUGUCCCCAUCAAUUGAAACCCUCGACAACAUACGAAACUUUGACCGCGUUCAAGAAGUUCCACAUGAAGGUCCCAUGUGCGACCUCUUGUGGUCUGACCCAGAUGAUCGUUGCGGCUGGGGUAUCUCACCCCGUGGUGCUGGAUACACUUUUGGCCAGGACAUAUCCGAACAAUUCAACCACACCAACAACCUAAAGCUAAUUGCUCGGGCUCAUCAACUAGUCAUGGAGGGAUACAACUGGGCCCAUGAACAAAAGGUUGUCACUAUUUUCAGUGCGCCGAAUUAUUGUUACCGUUGUGGAAAUAUGGCUUCCAUUUUGGAAGUUGAUGAUUGUAGAGAGCAUACAUUCAUUCAGUUCGAUCCAGCUCCAAGGAGAGGCGAACCAGAUGUAACCCGGAGAACCCCUGAUUACUUCUUGUAGAGCUGUGGCUGACUCUCGUUGGCCAGAUUAACAAUGCCCCGAUCCGGCGCAAGCACAGAGAUGCAAGUGUGUUUCGGUCGGGUUCAGUUCGACACAUACGGUCCGUUUCUUCUAACUUGUUAUAGGGUUCUCCGGAAAUCUGGGAAUUUUCUGAGCAUUUAAAAUACAUUUCUUCUGUAUCAUGUUCUAUAAACCUUUCUCAUAACUGUCUUGUCUCGUCUUGUCUUGGCUUUUUUCUUUUUUUCUCUUUUUUUUGUUCUAAUAAUCAACUGUGCUUUUUUUUCUUUUUCUUUGUCAAACAUUUUCUAAUUUAAGGCUUUGUGUUAGCUGCUGCUUGUUCA